AUGUGUAAAUGUGAAAUCCUCGAAGAUAAUCGUCAAGUUUGCGCGCAUGAUGACGCGAAUCAGAUUCGAGAUAUGUUUGACAAGUGUCUCGUAGCACAAGGAGAGGAUGAUCCUGAUUACGACGAGCUCGACCACUGGCCAGCACGUCUUGAGGUUUUACAGGAGUUGAUGAUGCUGGGCGCAAUCUCUGUGCCAAUCGUAGUUACUGGAUUGCUUCUCUACCUGAGAAGCGCGAUCUCCAUGAAGUUCCUGGGCUAUCUGGGAGAGCUGGAGCUGGCGGGAGGCUCUCUUUCAAUUGGGUUUGCAAACAUAACGGGCUAUUCGGUUAUUUCCGGCCUGGCUAUGGGAAUGGAACCCCUCUGCAGUCAGGCUUUUGGAGCGAAACGGUGGAGUCUUCUCGGCCACUCUCUUCAAAGAACAAUUCUCAUCCUUCUCUGCGCCUCUGUGCCCAUAAGUUUGCUGUGGUUAAACAUCGAAUCGAUUCUGCUGUGGUGCGGGCAGGAUGAGAACAUUACCAGGAUGGCAGGCAAAUAUGUGCUUUACUCUCUGCCCAAUCUCAUCGCGCAGUCAUUUCUUCAUCCGCUGAAGAUUUUUCUUCGAACGCAGAGAUCCACCCUUCCGUUCACUGUUACAGCAGGCGUGGCUCUUCUCCUUCACAUUCCCAUCAAUUUUCUUUUAGUGGUGUAUUUCAAACUAUCAAUCCGGGGCGUUGCCCUGGCUGCCGUGUGGACCGAAUUCAACAUUGUUAUAUGCUUGGCGUGCUACAUAUGGCUGUCGGGAGUUUACAAGUAUUCGCUGCCGAGCCUUUCGAGAGAAUGCCUCAAAGGGUGGAUGUCGUUUCUGAGACUGGCAAUCCCCAGCUGUGCAUCAGUCUGCUUAGAGUGGUGGUGGUACGAGUUCAUGAUUCUUCUCUGCGGACUAUUGCCGGACCCGAAAAUAACCGUAGCCUCGAUGGGAAUUCUCAUCCAGACCACGGCAUUCCUUUACAUAUUUCCAUCGUCGUUGGGAGUGGCAGUUUCGACGAGAGUGGGACACGAGCUCGGUGCAAACAGACCGGCCAAGGCACGCACUGCCAUGACAGUAGCAAUUGCAUUGGCGGCUCUACUGAGCUUUAUACCGAUGGGCUUUACAGUAACCGUGCGCCACUGGUGGGGUAGAAUGUUCACUCAAAAUGGGGAGAUUCUGUCGCUGGUCUCGUCGACACUGCCAAUAGUGGGCCUCUGUGAGCUCGCGAAUUGGACGCAGACAACGGCAUGCGGAGUCCUCCGGGGCAGCGCGAGGCCGAGCAGUGGAGCACAUAUAAAUUUGGCCUCCUUCUAUUUGAUCGGGACGCCCGUUGCAUUGACUCUUUGUUUCGUGUACAAAUUUGAAUUUGUGGGUCUAUGGCUCGGCAUGCUGGCGGCGCAAGUGUCGUGCCUCAUUUUGAUGAUAUCUGUGUUGGUGCGGACUGACUGGAUUAUUGAAGUGAAGAGAGCAAAGGACCUGACUGCAGAGCCUCAACAGAUCCACAUUUUAUGUGAAGAAGAGAAGGAACAAUGUAUUUGCAGCAUUCUGUAUUUACCGUAUGGAGAAACGAGCGUAGAGCCUCUACUAACGAUAGUUAGUUUUUAG